UGAAUUCAUUGUUUACAAUUGAUCAUGCUAUGUUUAUAUUAAAACUCAGGGCAACUCGAAACAAUCUUUUUUUUUUACCCUUUUCUUUAUGUCAUAUACUAAAAAAUACACGUUUGCCCCUCUUCCUCACACAAACCGUGGUGAGUCUAUUAAGCUUGAAGCUGAUCCUAAGGGCAAGACAUUUGCUUACACGAAUGGUAAGUCUGUCUUUAUGAGAGACUUGGAGAACCCUUCUCUUGCUACUGAAUAUGUGGGUCACAAAACACAAGCAACUGUUGCUCGUUAUAGUCCCAGUGGUUACUAUAUGGCAUCAGGAGAUGCCCAUGGUAAUGUUCGUAUUUGGGAUACUGUGAAUGAAGAACAUAUUCUCAAGAACGAAUGUCGUCCCAUCUCGGGUAAAAUCAGUGAUAUCGCCUGGGACAGUGACAGUAAACGUAUCAUUGCUGUUGGUGAAGGCAAAGAAAGCUUUGGCCAUGCAUUUGCCUAUGAUACUUUAUCCUCUGUAGGUGAAAUCACAGGUCAUUCUAAAAUCAUCAACAGUGUCAGUAUUCGCCAACAACGUCCUUAUCGUGCUGUUACUGCUUCUGAUGAUAUGACAGUCUCCUUUUUCCAUGGUGUACCCUUUAAGCAUGCCAAGACCAUUCGUGACCAUACACGUUUUGUGCACGCUGUUCAGUUCUCGCCCAACGGUGAUUUAUUUGUCAGUGCUGGUGCAGACGGUAAGAUCUUUUUGUAUGAUGGCAAGACAGGCGAUAAGUUGGAUGAACUGUCAAGUGAGGACGGACAUAAAGGAAGUAUUUUUGCACUUUCUUGGUCCCCUGAUAGCACCCACUUGUUGUCUUCUUCUGCUGAUCAUACAGCCAAGAUUUGGGAUGUGAAUACCAAGGCUGUUGUCAACACCUUUGAGAUCAAUUCAGCUAUCAAUACAGUCGAUAAUCAACAAGUGGGUAACUUAUGGUCUGGCGAUUAUUUGAUCUCUGCUUCUUUGUCUGGCGAAUUCAGCUAUCUCGACAAAAACUCAGGUCAAGUAUCACGUCGUAUUGAUGGUCAUAGCAAGGCCAUUACGGCCCUUGCUAUUUCUGAACAAGAUACGUUGUUUACUGGUUCUUAUGAUGGCCGUGUCUUUGGCUGGAAGUACAGUGAAGAAGGGGAUCAUACAGUAGCUGAACGUAUGGAAGGUGAAGGACACAAUAACCAAGUCACUGCCUUGGUUGCCAAGGACAACGAGCUUAUUUCUGCUGCUAUGGAUGAUACUUUACGUCAUGGAUCGCAUCUCAAGUUUAGUGGCAAGAUUGUAUCUACAGGUGCUUUACCUUCCUCAGUCUCGAUUGCUAAAGACAAGACAACUGUAGUAGCCACAGCAGAGUCUGUUUUAGUCUAUGACGAUAAGUUGGAAAAGAUAGGUCAAUUAGAACAACUUGAUUAUACACCCUCUGUGGCUGAUAUCAGUGUGGAUGCUAAGUCUGUCUUUGUUGGUGGCAAGGACAACAAAGUGCGUGUCUAUGAACUCAACCAUGGCAACUUGACACUUGCUGGUGAAUUAAGCAAGAAUCUUGGCAAUAUUACAUCGUUGGCCACUCAUCCUGAACUCAAUUUGAUUGCUGUAGGCGAUAGUGUUGGCAAGAUCUUUAUUUAUGAUACUGAAAGCAAAGCAGCUGUGAUUCAAAACUGGGUGUUCCAUACCAGCCGUAUCACCAGUAUGCAAUGGUCCUCUUGUGGUACUUACUUAGUCAGUGGUAGUAUUGACACCAAUGUCUAUAUCUGGAACCGUGAAAAACCAUUCAAAAAAGUGGCCAUCAAGAAUGCGCAUGUAGAUGCUGUUAACAGUGUUGGUUUCUUGCAUAACAGUCUCACGGUUGUGUCUACUGGACAAGAUGCUGCUGUCCGUGUAUGGGAUGUAGCUUUUUAAAUAAAUGAAAAAUUUACGGAGAUUUAAAGUGAC